CAAAUUCAUGAAUGAAUGAGCGACAAGCUUUGUUGUAGUUGUAAAACAUGGAGGCGUCAUUGAUCUAUUUAAGUUGUAAUUACAUGACAAAAUUAAAAUAGAAAACAUUUAAGACAUUGAGAUUAAAUAUAUGUUACUAAGAAAUUUUAUACAUUUAGCAGAACCGAAAAAGGAAGUAAUUUUUUAAAAGGAAUAUUAUAUGACUACAACUUAAGUCUAUUAAAAUUUUUAUGUAUCGUUAAAUUACAAAUAUGAUUUGCAAUGGCCACAUUUCACGUAAGAUAUCAACAGCCUCUUCAACAUGAAACAGAAAAUGCAGAUAUUGAGUGCAAAAAUUGCAAGUCAAAGAACAACAACCUAAAAAUAUUACCAUGUUUGCAUUCAUUUUGUUGUGGCUGCCUUCAAAGUUAUAUUAUUCGGAAUGUACUGAACGAAUUUAGCUUACGGUGUCCAACAUGUAGACGUGAUGUGCAGUUAGAUAGUUCUGGCAUAAAUUCGUUACCUUCUAAUUUAUUUUUUCAAGAUUUAUUUUCAGAAGUGGUUGUUCUACAAAAUGGAGAACAGCCAUAUAAUGAACAAUCAAAUUUAGCUUUACCAUGGGUAAAGUAUCGUCAUAAAAAUAAAAGCAACUUGAAAACAUCUCAGGAUCAUCAGUUAGUUGAGUUUUCCACUUCUGAUAAUGGUGAUCUGACCAAAUAUACUUGCAAAAAAUGUAGUGAUUACCUGUGUGAGAAUUGUAGUUAUGCACAUCGAAAUAUAAACUCAAACAAAGUUGUCGAUUUGCAUCAAAAUCUUUCUUUAUUAAAAAUUGAAUGUAAUGAUAAUAUAAAGAUUACUCAGCCUGAAUUAACUCGAUCUACUAUAAAUUCUUUUAUAACAAACAAUCCCUUGCAAUCAGCUAAUUAUUUUGAUACUUUAGCUAGGGAAAAUUUAAAUAAUCAUUUUUCUCCACCAGUUUAUAGAGUUUCAACUUCAAUAGCACUUCCACCUUCAUCAAGCGUUCCUUCUCUACUUUCAUCAAUACCAUCAGGAGGUCGAUCACCUGUAUUUUGUGAAUUACACGGAAGAGAGUAUAUGUUUUUUUGCAAUUUUUGUUUUAUACCUGUAUGUCGAGAUUGCAUGAAUAAUGAUCAUAAUGGACAUAAUAUAAGUAUGUUAAACACCACCACCACUAAUUCAUCUAUAAGUCAAGUAGACAAUAAAAAAAGUAGUUCAGAUUUAGUAUCUGAUCUACGCAAAGAAAUUAAGCUCAUGGAAGAUUCAUUGUGCAAUAUACAAACUUUUGUUGACAAAGUUGAAACUAAAUCAAAAGCUAUUUCAAGUGAUAUUAGAAUUACAGUUAAACGUCACAUAAUUGCAAUGGAAGAACGCGAAAAGGAGUUAUUGCUACAAGUUGAAAAAAUUCGGCAAGUAAAAAGGAAAGCAUUGUUAGUUCAAGCUGAGCAAAUGAAACUUUCGAUUAGUAAAUUAAAAAUAGCUACAGACUCUUUUGAAAUAGAACAAAAAUUGUCAGAUGCAAAUGAGGUGAAAACAAUGCUGACAAGUUUGCAAAAUCAAAGGUUGUUAAGACAUCCAUGGGAAGAUGAUACAAUAUCGUUCACACCACCAGACAUUGCACUUCAGACAGCUUUGGCUUCGAUGGGUUUUAUUAGCAGUAGUGCUUAUCCUCCUUUGUGCACAGCUGUUGGUGAAGGAUUGCGUCGUGGUAUACGAGGCAAAUUGACCAUGUUUACCAUUAUUGCAAAAGAUCAUCAUGGUGCCAAUAGAUGCGUUGGAGGAGAUGUUGUUCGAGUUAUAAUUAGUACACCUGAUGGAAAGCAAAUUUACGGUGAUGUGUAUGACAGACAGAAUGGAAAUUACACAGUUAGCUAUCGACCGUAUGUUGAAGGAGAUCAUCAGGUUUAUGCGACAAUUAGAGAGCAACCCAUUAUGGAUUCUCCAUUUUUAAUGACUGUAAAGAGUGGAAGAAAUUAUUCUGGUAUUGGUCAAUCAUAUUUUCAAUUUGGAUCUGAGGGUGAAGAGGGUGGUCAGUUAUGCAGACCUUGGGGUAUUUGUUGUGAUAAAGAUGGUAAUAUCAUUGUUGCAGACAGAAGUAAUAAUAGAAUACAAGUGUUUGAUCAAAAAGGGAAGUUCAUUAGUAUGUUUGGUUCAGCUGGUUUUAGAAAUGGACAGUUUGAUCGACCUGCUGGGGUUUGUGUCGACAAUCAGAAUAGAAUAAUUGUUGCAGAUAAAGAUAACCAUAGAGUACAGAUAUUCAAGCUUGAUGGUAGUUAUAUUUUAAAAUUUGGUGAUAGGGGAAAUAAAAAUGGUCAGUUUACUUACCCCUGGGAUGUAGCUGCAAAUAGCCAAGGACAAAUUCUUGUAUCAGAUACUCGUAAUCAUAGAAUACAGCUCUUUUCUUCAGAUGGUACUUUCCUGAAUAAAUAUGGGUUUGAUGGCCCUUUAUGGAAACACUUUGAUUCCCCAAGAGGUGUGGCCUUUAAUCAUGAAGGACAUAUGGUUGUAACUGAUUUCAAUAACCAUCGCCUUCUUGUGAUUCAUCAGGAUUUUCAAACUGCUCGAUUUUUAGGAACAGAGGGAUCGAAUAAUGGACAAUUUAUGCGACCACAAGGUGUUACUAUUGAUCAUGAAGGAAAUAUAAUUGUUGCUGAUUCAAAAAAUCAUCGCGUUCAAAUUUUCCAACCAAAUGGAAAUUUUUAUACCAAAUUUGGAGUAUUUGGUACAAUGGUUGGACAGCUUGAUCGCCCUUCUGGACUGUGUGUUAGUCCUGAUGGAAUAAUUUUAGUUGUUGAUUUUGGUAAUAAUCGUAUACAAGCAUUUUAAUGUUUUCACUUAAAAACGUUAUAAAAUUUUUUAUCAAUUUAUUAAUAUUUAUUUUUUAUAACUAAAUUCUUAUUGAAAAUGAUUACACUACAGUUUCCUUUUUAAGGCAUUUUAGACUGCAGUAAAAUAUUAUGAUAUUAUUUUAGGCUGAAAAUAAAUAUGAUAUUAGCUUAUUUAAGAAAAUUUUUUUGGAUAUGUUUUUGUUUUUUAAAUCUUCCAACGGAAAACAUCAGAAGAGUUUUAUCCUAUAUUUUUAAUUGAUUUUUAAUAUUUCUUGUAUUUAUAUUUGAACUGUAAAUAUUAAUGUUUUCUAUAGUUGCUAUAGGAACUUAAAAUCAAAUUUGUAGUCUAACUAUGCAAAAAAUACUCCAAAUUGUUUGAAAAAAAAGAAGCAAACUAUUUUUAAAAUAAUUUUGGAAAAUAUUUUUUCAUGUUUUACCUUUGAGCUUUUCAUUUUUUUUUUUUUUUUUUUUUUUUUUUUUUGCAUAUUGUUUUUAUAAUUAUAUUUUAAAGAAAAGCAACGGUUAUGCUUUUAAAUAAUAAUCAUAUUGUGGUGUGGAAAAAUGUUUUACGCGCUCCAAAACUUUUUAUUUUUAUUUUUU